UCCAAACUUCCUACCGCCAAGUGACCAGAACCCCCUCCCCCAUUUGAACCCAUCCAAAUCCCGCAUCCUCCCCGUUCGUAGUAUGAGAUGCCGAGUUCCUCCCCCUCCUCCACGGCGGACUCCGGCGGCCGGAGCUCCGCCUCGCGGAGGAACAACCGGCGUCUGCGCCAGGCCUGGUGUUGCUCCUUCGCCGUCGGGCCCUACAGCCCCGAGAUUCUCGUUUCCUCCUCGAACCAAUCGAAGCUGACGCAGAAGACCAUCGACCCCCGCCGGAUUCUCUCGCCCGGCAGAGUCUCUCCGAUCGCCCCCGACCCCCCUCGGCCGAAGACCGCCGCCGAAGAGUCGGAGUUGAGGGUGAGGUUGAUGGGGAAGAAUGGAAGGUGGCUGGAGUUGGAUUUGGACUCGGAGGUGUUGUGCGAGAACAGCUCAUUCUUUGCACGGAUGGUCGCGGAGGCUCGCUGGAACGUCUCGGAUGUUUCGGAGGAUUCUUGGAAGAUCGAGGUCAAGGAAUUGGAAGAUUUGGAUGCUUUUAAGGAGACGAUCGAGCUGAUGUUUGAGAAGGAGGCGAUGAGGUGGCUCAUCAAUGCGGGUGUCUCUCGAGCGAUUGAUGUACUGGAGGUAUCCUCCAUGAUUAUGUUUGACAGAGGAGUUGUGUCGUGUGUUGAGUAUCUGGAAUCUAUUCCGUGGAGUGAAAGCGAUGAGGAGAAGCUGAAGAAUUUAUUUGCCAGAUCAUCUUUUGAUGUAGCAAUGUCCAGAGAUGUGCUAGCAAGGUUAUAUCCACUAGGUCCCAGCAGCUCAGAAGAUCUAGUGGUGCAACUCAUACAAUCCGUCACCAGGGGGACCAACAACAAUGCUAGAAAGAGGCUGCAGUCCUUAGUCUAUGGUCUCUUGUCCCCUAGCUCUCUCUAUCAUAAAGGCUCUCUUGGAAUAGACAAGGAUAGCUUGUACAACAUUUGCCAUUCUUGUCUGAAUUCUUUGAUGGGGCUCUUUCAAGAAGCCUCUGCAUCAAUUCCUGUUGAUCAGACAGCAACAGUUGGAGGAAGAAACUCAUUGAUAGAACAGAUCACUAAACAAGUUGAAAAUAUCAAUUGGUUGCUAGAGAUACUUAUAGACAAGCAUAUUGCAGAAGACUUUGUGGAGCUGUGGGCAGACCAGAAAGAAUUAGUUAUGUUGCAUGAGAAGGCAUCACCAAUGAUAAGGUAUGAGCUCAGCCGGAUUUCAGCUAGUGUUUUCAUAGUGAUAGGGAGAGGGAAGCUGCACUGCUGUAGAGACGUGAGGUUCAGUGUCCUCCGGGCAUGGUUUAGUCCAAUACUGAUGGAUUUUGGUUGGUUGAAAAGGUACUCAAAGGGGCUAGACAAGGGGAUCUUAGAAGAAGGCCUUGGUCAGGCAAUCCUCACCCUCACACUCAACCAACAACAGAGUCUAUUUUUGGAAUGGUUUCGGGUAUUUGGUAGGCAGGGCACAGAGUGUCCAAAUCUAAGCAAGGCCUUUCAGGUAUGGUGGCGAAGGUCGUUUGUGAGAACAACAGACGCACGAAGCUGGCUUCAGUGAUUCAAUCUUCAGUUAUUAUUGUAUGUAUGUAGUGUGAUGGUAUGCUAGGUAAGAGAAAUGUUGAUGUAACAGGCCGAAUUGCUUUCCUUUGAUCACAAAUGAAGUCUUGUGAUUUUGUUAUCA